GAGUGGGAAUGGGGAUAGGAUAUAUAAAAGAUCUGUGAAAAAGGAAGCACUAGAACUAGCAGCAAGGUGGGGUUGCCUGGAUGGUCAGCCCUUCAUUUGAAUGCAAAUGUAAUUAUGAGGCAGGCAGUUACCCUGACGUCAGACAAGAUCUUGGUAAACCAUUACUACCAGCACCUGGUAAAAACAGUUGUUGAUAAUACAGGAUGAGGUAGAAGAUUCCAAGUAGAAUAUCAUUUAUUAAGAUCAGGAAUACAAUUUUUUUUUUAAAAGAGUGAAAGAAAACAUUGAUGAACAGGAUGUCUUAAAGUUCUUUCACCAGUUGCAACCAUCAUGUACGUAAGUUAUCUUUUGGAUAAAGAAACCAGCAUGUAUCCAGGAUCCGUAAGGUGCAACAACCUACCCGUGCAAAAUUUUGUCUCCACUCCAUCCUAUUCAGAUUACAUGGGAUAUCAUCAUGUGCCAAACAUGGACAACCAUGGACAGUCUUCAGGAGGUUGGGGAUCCCACUAUGGCAUGCAAAGGGAAGACUGGAAUACUUAUGGCCCAGGACCCUCCAGCAUAGUUACUGCUGCACAAAUCAAUAGCUCGUCUCCAGGGCAGGUCUCCUACAGCUCUACUGAUUACAAUUCCCUGCAUCCUGCUGGAUCUGGAGUUUUACCUCCUGUAGAUACAAUUAAUGCAGAGCAAAUCUCUCCCAACAGUCAAAAGCACGGCUCUUAUGAAUGGAUGAGAAAAACGCAAUCUACUACUGCAGGAUCAGGUAAAACAAGAACAAAGGAAAAGUACCGAGUUGUUUACACAGAUCACCAGAGACUAGAAUUAGAGAAGGAGUUUCAUUGCAACAGAUACAUUACAAUAAGGAGGAAAUCUGAACUUGCAGCAAACCUGGGACUAUCUGAGAGACAGGUGAAAAUCUGGUUUCAGAAUCGCCGAGCCAAGGAGAGGAAAAUGAUCAAGAAGAAAAUCUCUCAGUUUGAUGGCAGUGGAGGCUCAGUUCAGAGUGACUCAGGUUCAGUCAGCCCAGCUGAGAUGUCUAACUCUCUAUUCCCACUACCACAUGUGAUAAAUGGAUUACAGCCCAUUGAGAUACAGCAGGUCAUAGUCUCAGAAUGAACAGGAGAAA